AUGGAAUCGGUACCGGCCAUUGCAUGUGCAGUCAUAUAUCUUCUAGCCGUAUUAAGCCAUGUGGUAGACGCCGCAGCUUCGAUUCGGUUGCGUGGAGGAGUCGUCAAUAACGAGGGUCGUGUAGAGCUCUUCUAUAACAGCGUAUGGGGCACAGUGUGUCACGGUGGCUGGGACCAGAACGACGCCAAGGUGGCUUGCCGGCAGUUAGGCUUCCCUGGCGCUCUAUUGUACACGAAGUGGGCGGCUUAUGGAGGUGGCACGGGUGCAGUUCUGCUUAGCAACCCAAGGUGCGUGGGCAGCGAGGCCGACCUGUGGAGCUGCCCGCAUGAUGGAGGUGGCGACCAUGGAUUGCGUCUUGUUAAUGGUGUGUCUAAUAAUACGGGCCGAUUGGAAAUCUACUUCAACGGCCAGUGGGGUACGGUCUGUGACGAUGGCUGGUCACUUGAUGAGGCCACCGUAGUCUGCCGUCAACUUGGCCUUGGUGACGCCCAAGAAGCAACCCACAACGCCUACUUCGGUCCUGGUACCGGAGACAUCCUUCUUGGCAAUGUGAGCUGUUCUGGAAACGAGGAUACUCUGAUGGAUUGCAGCCAUCCACCCGUCGGGACGCAUCAUUGUACACACAUGGAGGAUGCUGGCGUUAUAUGCCAGGCACAAGCUUCGAUUCGGUUGAGUGGAGGAGCCGUCAAUCACGAGGGUCGUGUAGAGCUCUUCUAUAACAGCGUAUGGGGCACAGUGUGUCACUAUGGCUGGGACCUGAACGACGCCAAGGUGGCUUGCCGGCAGCUAGGCUUCCCUGGCGCUCUAUCGUACACGCACAGUGCGGCUUAUGGAGGUGGCACGGGUCCAGUUCUGCUUAACAACGUAGCGUGCGUGGGCAACGAGGCCGACCUGUGGAGCUGCCCGCAUUCAGGAGUCGGCACCUAUUGGUGUCUUCAUGACUACGAUGCAGGCGUGGUGUGCUCACCAUCAGAUAUUGGCAGUCCGAUAGUCACUUGUCCUAGCAAUAUUCAUUACAAGACUACAGACAUUGGAAUGGCAUCUGCUGUGGUAACAUGGGCAUCAUUGCCAUCAGCAAUUGAUAAUGUGGACGUCUUGGAUUCUAGCGACAUCACAUGUUACAAUGGCGCAGGUACCCAAGUGGGCUCCAGUGGCGUUUAUGCUGUAGGAACAACAACAGUGACAUGUCGUGCCACCGAUACCGCCGGAAAUCAAGGAUCCUGCAAUUUUACCAUCACUGUCGUAGACACCGAAGAUCCAGAAGUUAGUUGCCCAAAAAGUGUUCCGUCUCAGGAGACAGACCUCGGAAUGUCGUCUGCUGUGGUUUCAUGGACACCAAUGCCAUCAGCUACUGAUAAUGUGGACAACUUCACUAUAAACAACAUCACAUGUCAAGAUGAAGCGGGCAAUGUCGUGGAGUCUGAUGGUACUUAUUCAUUGGGCACAACGACAGUGACCUGCCUUGUAUUUGACAGCGCUCACAACAAUGGAUCAUGCCAAUUUGUCAUCAACGUUGUUGACACCGAAGAUCCAGAAGUUAGUUGUCCAAAUAGUGUUCCGUCUAAGGACACAGACCACGGAAUGUCGUCUGCUGUGGUUACAUGGACACCAAUGGCAUCAGCUACUGAUAAUGUGGACAACUUCACUAUCAACGACAUCACAUGUCAAGAUGAAGCGGGCAAUGUCGUGGUGUCUGAUGAUUGCCAAGUUGACCAGCACAAAUGCUCGAACGGUGUGUGCAUUCCUCGUUCUCAAGUCUGUGACAACUUUUAUGAUUGUGGUGAUUACGAUAACUCAGACGAGAACUCAACUAUGUGCUCCUCCGAAUCUUACAGUUUCUGCCAGGCUUACAGUAAUGUAAGAGAAUUGUGCAUUGACCAGAGUGGAUUCCUGAAAGUUAAUGAUUCUUUCUUGAAGAACAAUACAGCGGUGUACACGUUCACUGCGCCAGCAUUCUUGUCCAAGUCAACCUACAUUGGCAAGGUGGAGUUGACCGUGCAGGACUUCACUGAGCUGAUUUACAAAACGGCAUUGGUCAACAUUUUAUUGACUAACUCUGUACAUACUACAGAAUUAUGGGUAGAUGAUGGUUAUGCAGUCGUUGCAAAAGAACUACGGGUUCCUCUCCUAGUUGACCACGGACAAAACAUCAGUGUUACCAUUGAGUACAUCACGGAUACCCAGAGCAGUUCUACAACACCUGUCAGCGUUACCUGUCUUGACUGCAUCACCCUGCAUUACAGAACAUACCUUAGUGGUUGCGAGUGCCUUAUAGAAUACACUGCGUGGAGAAGGGGCAUUCUGUCCGUUAAGCAUAUUUACAACACCACUUGCGGGGUGCCUGAAACCAAUGAAAUGUUCCUUUCUAUGUACGACAAGUGCUUGGGGCAACCGUCAUUUACUUAUAUCAGCCCUGAUGUGACGUCAUUUGGAGAUGACGAGGUCACCUUGUCAUGUCUGGCAACUGGUGACAUUCCACCACUUGUAGAAUGGAAAGACGGGAAGGGGACCACACUACAGUCCAGCUUGAAUUCAGUCUAUUUGAAGGUUGUAGUUGCUGACUCUCCUCACAGAUUUCGGUGUUUGAUAGACGACAUAGAACCCAGUAGAGAAGUUACAGUGGCCAAUUGGGGUUCUGGUUGCAAGGACGUCUUUAUUCAUAGAGAACUUAAUGAGUAUCGGUCUGCGCCUCGGUGUUAUUCCUCUCAUCUUAUCAGUUCGAGCUCUUUGGAUUAUAACUUCAAUUUCAAUAUGGCCCAUCCCGCGAUCGCUCACAAGUUGAGCGUAACAGCCAACUCAACCAUAUUUUUGAAAAUUAUCCCACUGCUUACGUACGAAGUAAGGAUUACGUCGCCUGGAAAAGAGUAUCUUCUUUACUAUUACAAUCAAGAGUAUCGCGACGGUUACGGCACAAUGCAGAGUUUGAACGACACCGCAAUGAAAGUGGAUCUGCAAAUUGUUCCACCUGUUGCUCUGGAAAUCGGGGUAUUUAAUGUGAUCCUGUCAGUCAUGUCAAGCCAAGGUGUGGAGGACUUGCUGCAAGGUGUAUUGAUGACAGCACAACUCUCAGUGAUACAGUGCGAGCAAGGAGACGACUGUGAAGCAUUCUUCAAAGAGUGGACUGGUCUUGAGACUGAGUUCAAGGAAUUGAAAUGCGGUAAUGGACUGCAGCAGGAGUAUCUGUCAUAUCAGCAAUGUCGGGAAUCGUCAGCACCCGGACCAGCUCCCGUCGUUUCAUCGUCUGCCCGGUAUUUGAUUGAGGUUCCUAGUGACUUGCCAAGUGAUCAGCCUUUCCCAGUUGAGUGCCCAAUUGAGAAUGCCGCUAGCUACGAUUGGUACCGAAUCAACGCUGACGGCCAGCGUGACUUCGUUACCAAUGGCUACGCUCUCAUCUUUCCUUCCUUUGAAGAGCUCCGGGACCAAGGAGCUUACGUCUGUGUUGGAAGAGGCCGAGGGAUGCUCAUCGAUGUUACCGCCGAGUAUCAAGCCAUCAUUAUGAAAUCAGGCAUCACCACGUUGAUGGCCAACAUGACGCUUGUGAAUGGAACAUUUACCGAAGAUCUACGCAAUGCAUCCAGUGCUGCGUUCAAGAACCUCACAUAUGACAUACGCAGCAAGAUGCCGUUGGAUAUGAUAUACCAGCCUGUGGUGAGCUACGAGGUUCUGCGCUUCUAUCCAGGCAGUGUUAUCGUUGAUUUCAAAGUCAUCGUGAACUCUCCAAGCAAUGUGUCUGAUGCUGAUACUGCUGUCUCAAUGCAAAGAGCAAUGUCUGAAUAUGCCUCCACUAACCCAGGACUAGGUCUGGAUCCCUACAGCGUUACAGUGGUUUCACUAUCUUCCUGUCCACGUGAAGUUCUUGAAUUACAAGGCAAGAAUGUGAUCUUCCCGCAAACUAGAAUUGGACUUGGGGUUGAACAAUUGGGAGAAUGCGUCGCUGGUGGAAAGCACGGUCGCGUUCUCAUCUCUCGAGAUUGUUCGGGGGAUUUCACUCUGGGUGCUCAGUGGCUUCAACCCGUGCUGGGAAAUUGCAGCGUUGAUGUCAAUGGUCAGCUGGACAUAUUAAAAAAAAUAACGGUAACAAGUGAGAACGUGGUGGAGGUGUCAGAGUCUCUGGAAUCCCUGACCAAUGAUGCCUCAACAAUCAACGGUGAAGCUGUGGCAUUGGUGGCUGACGUCCUGGAUAAUAUUCUGACAAUCCGGGAUCCUUCCCCAGAAAUAACAUCAAGUGUUGUGAGUGUGGUCAACAACCUCCUACAGGUCGAUGACGAGGCUUUCAACAAUGUACCAGACGGAGACUCCACAUCCCGCAUUGUACAAGCCCUCGACAGUCAAAUCUCGUACGUUCUCGAAGAUGAAGCCAACUUUACCGCGGUUACACCUAGUCUUGCUGUCGAGGCGCUAAAUAUCCCUCCGAGUUCCCUGCAUGAAGGUGUGGGAUUCGUUGUCAAAGCGGGAGAGUCUACGGAUGGCGUGCUGAAGAACGAUAGUGUCAGUGUCUAUUACCCCGUCUCUGAUUUCCCUGCAGAGACAGUGGAAUCGUCCAUCCAUCUUCCCGAUGAGAUAUUACUCAAACAUCCAACAGCUGCUAGUCCGGUACCCAUUAGUUUUACCGUGUAUCAAACCAGCAAGUUAUUUCGCUCGAAGCGGAUUGCUGAAGCUGAGUCCACUGGUUCCCGUCUGUUUGUGGAUAGUGCAAUCAUUUCUGCUACGGUGGAUGGUGUCCAUGUCGAGAACCUACCAGAUGACAACCCAGUGGUUGUUACCUUCAAUCAAAAUCCAGUGAUUGAAGGGGCGGUGGAGUGCGUUUUCUGGGAUAACGAACUCCAAGAUGGCGUUGGGGAUUGGUCACCAGAGGGCUGCAGACUAGUGACCUCAAUCAGCGAGAGGACUGAGUGUCACUGUGAUCAUGCAACCAGCUUUGCAGUACUCGUGGACAUUCACGGCCAAAAGUACUCGAGCCUAGCUCUGGAUAUCAUCAGUAAGAUUGGAUGUGCUGUGUCAAUUGCUUCCCUUGUUUUCACCAUCAUCAUAUACCUCUCCAUCAAGUCCUUGCGAGAGAAGACACCAAGUCGCAUCUUAGUUUGCUUCUCUUUCUCUCUGCUCUGUCUCUAUCUGGUCUUCCUGAUUGGUAUUGAGCAGACAUCGUCUCGUAUAGGGUGCAUCAUCGUUGCAGUAUUGAUGCACUAUUUCACUCUUAGCUCCAUGGCAUGGAUGGGAGUCGAGGCAACCAACCUCUAUCUGAAACUCGUUAAAGUCUUCAACUCUAACGUGGAACACUUCAUGGUCAAAGCCUCUAUCGCUGCCUGGGGAUUGCCAAUGAUUGUUGUUGGUGUAAUACUAGCAGUGGAUUACACGGUGUACGAAAACGAAAGCAGUUGUUUCUUGAAGCCCGGCGCAGCCUUCUACUACGGUCAGCUGCUCAUGAUCGGUCUGGUCUUCCUCUAUAAUGCCUUCAUCUUUGUCCUGAUCGCCCGUCGCUUGACCUGCAAGGCUACAGUGAUCCAAAGCUCCAACACGAAAGGCAAGCGAAGUCAGAUGGCCAAGCGGCUGCAGAACAUGGCUGCCAUCUCAGUGCUUCUCGGUCUCACCUGGGCCUUCGGUCUCCUCUCAGUCAUCGAGUCUUCCAACUUUGCCUUCCAAGUCCUUUUCUGUGUCUUUAACUCCCUGCAAGGUCUGUUCAUCUUCCUGUUGUUCGUCGUCCGACAGAAUAACGUGCAAGACAAGUUCCUCGGAUGCUUCCACAACAAACCGGUGACAAGUGGAACCCUCUCAUCAUCCGUACCAAAGCCCAAGCCCAAGUCACAGUCGCGAUUGAAUGAUGUUGGUAAUGGGGGUAAUGGGAUGGAGGGGAAUGUCUAUGGUAAUCGGGCUUUAGAUCAAAUGAACGUCGGUUUGAUUGCAGGGGAAGAAGAAAGUGUCUCUGAUAACCAGAUUACAGAUCAAACGAAGACAGGUGAGAAUGAAAUGAAAGAUGGGAACGUUUUCGAAAACGAGGCCAUUAAGAUGGAUGAUGUUGGAGAGGAAGAUGAAAACGUCUCCGGUAACGAGGGUACUGAUCAACUGAAGAUGGAUGACAUGGUAGAGUGUGAAGGAAGUGUGUAUGAUAACGAGGCUAUUGAUCAGCUGAAGAUGGAUGAGAUGGUAGAGAGUGAAGAUAGUGUGUAUGAUAACGAGGCUAUUGAUCACCUUAAGAUGGAUGAGGUUGAAGUGAAAGGAGAGAAUCAUGAUGAUAACCAGGCUAUGACGACCAGACUGUAAAUAAACAAACAAUGAAUAAGAAUACGGGAAAAAGAAAAUGUGUACGAUUUCUAUCUAAAGAUCACAUAUAGGCAGGUCGUUGAUAUACUUUACGAAAACAAAAUCACCGUAAUCUUUACAAAUAGUACAUGUAUCGAUGUUGAUAACUGAUUACUGUAACCAAUAAAUGACUCUAUCUCAAAAGAUGUCUUCAAUGUAGUCCAUGACAUAAUAAAAAUCGUGGAACAGAUACACUUUUAAGUAUCUGAUUGCCUUGAGAUGGAACACGUCAACAACGGGCUAAGAGCCCGAGGCAGGCAAAGUCUUCAACGAUUUAAAAAUCUUUUCCGAUAUAUUUUUUACUUUGUUCUUUGUCUUUUCUUGUAUUGUAAUUUCUUUCAUUUAUCUUCAUGUUCAUUUUUUAGCCAUAUAGUCGUGUAUUUUUCAAUAUAUCACAGUUUUGUUAAUUUUGAAUUUUACUUUAUUUUAUUUUCAUUUCAAAUUUUGAUUCGUCUAUUUGCAUGUAAUUUGCAUAUGUUGUAGCUAAUUUCCUGUUAUUAAAUAUCCCGUGUUUGUUAUAAUGCAUUUACAAUUAUUAUUUAUAUCAGGCUUC